AUGCCUGCCAGUGCUACUGUCUUAGGCAACAGCUUCGGCGUCGGCGCGUUCUCCGGAGAGGCCACCGACCCGGCGGACCUGCAAAGCUUCCUCUCGCAGGCGUGGCCCGACAUCACCAAUAGGACGUUUUCGGUGCUGUCCGUCAACGGCGCCACCGACAGCGGCGCAGGGACAUAUGAAGCACAGAGUCUGUGCAUGCGUUUGGUGACAUAA